AUGAAGUUUAUUGAUGAGUUUGAUUUAGAAGUUGUCAAUCAGGCUCUUAAUUUUGAGACGUCUGAUUGUAGUAUAACAGGUGGUUGUGACGUUUUCACAACGAAGCCUGUAGCUUCGGAUAAGAAGCUUUAUAAGACGAUUGACCGUCAUUUGGAGUCUUUAAUACAGGAGAGCGAGUCAUUAACUGCGGCAGCUCAUCGAAGGCAAUCUGUGGAUGAAAAGAAUGGGGUAAUUGAGGAGAAGAUUAAUGAGGAAUUACAUAGCCCAAAUCCCAAUUCGUUUUGGGAACAGAAGAGACGAAUGUCCGUUAGUGAGAACCCCAAUGGAGCAACUGUUUCACCAGUAAUAAAAUCUAAUAAGUUGAAUGAUCAAAAUUUGAAGGAAUUUGUGCUGUCUACGGACAGUAUGGCUUCGCCUGUGGUGACUUCCGGAACCCAAAGCAACAGCAACAACAGCCACAGCAACAACAACAACAACAACAAUUUGAAUAACAGCAAUGGUUAUAUGAGCUCGUCAUCAGUAGACUCUGGAUCUUUGGGAAUUGGUCCUCACAAUUCCGCUUUCUUAAGGAGGAGCAGCAGUGCCGGGAGUAUCGCUAGUAACCAUACAGACUCCUCGAAAAGAAGGCCAAGCACAAGUGGGUCUAUACACGAAGCGUCAAACUCGCCACUACAAAGAAGGAGGUCUUCUGUACAAACAAGAGAGAACGUGAAUAUCGGACCGUUUGGUCCCAUCAAUGAAACCGCUAGUAGAAGAGCUUUCGCCUAUCUAAUAGCCAUCUUAAACGCCUCAUAUCCGGACCAUGACUUUUCAUCUCUUGAACCAACAGAUUUUGUCAAGUGUUCGAAAAAAAGCUUCAUCUCGAAGUUCGAGAACACUUUAAUAUCUUUGGGGAAACCGCCUCAGGAAUGGAUUUGGGAGACUAUCAAUUCACAUAUGGAUAUCAACGAAUGCGCGUUUUAUCAAUAUGUGCCUCAGAAAUCUUUUCUUGAAGAUGAACCAGGGCACCUUUGGUCUCUUAUGUGGUUUUUGUUCAAUAAGAAGAGAAAGAGAGUCGCGUAUGUGUAUUUGACCGCAUUCAGACUAAAGGGAACGUCUUCUGUUGGAAAUAGUAUAAUACUUGGCGAGGAUGAGGAUGACAGCUCCAGUAAAGUAGGUGCAGAGCGUAGAAGAGCAAGAAAACUAACGUUAGAUAACGACAACGAUUUUGAAGGUGAAUAUGAUCUAACGUAUGAAGAAAAUGCUGUUAUUGAUGACGAUGAUGAAGACAUGGAUCCAAAUUUCAACAAUAACGGGGUAAAUAAUAGAAACUGA